AUGGAUAAAUCUAAUUAAAAAAAAUAUAAACGCAAAUCUAGAACUCGUUCUAGAAAUGAAGAAAAAUUUGGUCCUGCUAAAAAAUUAGAACAAAAAGGACCUGAAAAAUUAUAAGGAGUAUCCUCCUAUAAUCCUGUUAUGAUAGAAGUCAUUGUGAAUGAUAGAAUGGGUAAAAAAGAAAGAAUUAAAUGUUUGCCUACUGAUACAAUAGGAAUUUUUAAAAAAUUAAUUUAAGCAAAAACUGGUACAAGGUCAGAAAAAAUAAAACUUUAAAAAUGGCAUUAAGUCUUUAAAGAUCAUAUAACAUUGGAAGAUUAUGAAAUUCAUGAUGGUAUGUCUUUAGAAAUGUAUUAUAAUUGA